AUGGAACCAUGGCAUUUAGCUAUUCGUCUUCAUCAAAAUAAGGGUAUGGAGAAUGCCAAUGCUGCCAAGUUGGGAGAUAGAACCAUAGGUGCAUUUGUUGGAAACAAUGGAAACUAUGCAAUCACAACCUAUACAUACACUAACUUGAAUGGAGAAGGUGAUCCCAAUAAAUAUGUUUAAGUGCCCUAUAAGGAUCAAUUAGCCUAAUGGCAUUUCGUAUUCCUCGGAUACAGCAGAGCUAAGAGAUAAGUUGUUGGUUUCUUGUAAUGGAAGGAUAGAAAGGAAAAUGUUAACUUGGAAAACAUCAAUCAUUAUUUAACCAAUUCAGUUUAUGUGAAUGUAGGAAAGGAUAGAUUCUACCCAGCAUUUAAUGGUCAUAUUGGUUCUUUGAAAUUGCAAUUGUGCAGUGGAGCAUUCACACCAGUAUUCCCAGAAGAUCCUUAACCACCUUAAGUACCAUCUACUCCACCUCCUCCCAAACCAGUUGACCCAACAAAACCAGGUGAUCCUACUAAACCAAGUGAUCCAACUAAACCAGAAGAUCCAGUUCAACCACCCAGACCUGCAGAUCCUGAAGUUGUCAGAAAGUGUGUUAGUGGUUAAGUUUAAAUUGGAGACAUGCCUUCUAGUGGUGAUAAAGUUGUUGACCUCAAGGUUACUGAAGACAAAUUGGGAAGUGCAAUUGAAUACGGAUAUGGAUUUUGGACCAGAUGGCUCACAAGAUGGCCAGAUAAUCUCAUUAAAGGAGCCAGUGAACCAUGGUAUUUCAUUUCUAGAUUGACUAAUAAUGAUCCAUAUGACAACAUUAGAAUGGGAGACAGAUUAUUGGCUAUUUGGUUAGGUUAAGCUGGUUAUACAUUCAUCACCAAUGAUGUUGCUUCAGGCAAUCCUAAUCUUAAUAAAUAAAUUCCUUAUGGAGACAUUGAAGGUGUUUGGACCUAUAUUCAUUUCAGUUAUAAAUCAGGAUAAGCUGUUGGUGCUAUUAGAAUUGGAGACAAGACUCAAUUCACAGUUCUUGAUGCCAAACACGACUAACCUAAAUUCUUAAGAUUGAUUGUCGGUGGUUCUGAUCUCAAAUAAUAUCCAGGAUUCAAUGGUCAAAUCUCAUCACCAAUUCUUAAAUUAGGUGCUGGUUCAUUUGUAAAUACUGAAGAUGAUUUCAAUAAAUUCGUGUUAGCAUGCAAUCCAAGACCUGAACCAGAUUGCAAGGGUAAGACUGAAAGCAAAUUGAUUGAGGGUAUCAAGAAAUAUGAAUCCGCUCAGCCAGAGUUUUAUGAACAUGUUAGAGACGAGAAAUCUCUCUUCCCAACCAUGUAUGGUAUUGGUGGUUGGUAUAAAUGGGAACCAACAAAGUAGGAACCAUGGCAUUUGGCAUUUAGAAUUACAACAAAUGAUUAGAAGACCAACAAGAAUGCUGAAAUAUUGGGAGAUAGAACACUUGCAGUUUGGUUAAGUGAUCAAUAAUUGUAUGCAUUUGCCACAUAUACUUAUACAAACAUGUUUGGAGCUGGAUAACCAAAUGCAGCCUAAGUCAUUAAACACUAAGAUAAACACACUGAAUGGCAUUAUAUUACAUUCUAAUACAACAGAGAGACCAGAGAAGCAUAUGGAUCCAUUGUAUUCAAGGAUGGUAAAUUAGACUUGAAAUUCCCCAAUACAAAUCAUUACUUGGUUCCAGUGUUGAGAAUUUUGAUAGGAAAGGAUCAAUUCUACCCAGCAUUCAAUGGAUACAUUGCUGAUGUGACAUUUGUUAAUUGCCAAGAUCCAUACAAUCCACAAUUCACUCCAGGAAACCCACCUGAAUUACCAAAACCACCUGUUAUUCCAGUUGAACCACCUUAGCCAUUCCCAGAACCUAAAUGCUAGAUGGGUGAUGAAACUAUUGUAGAUUCUGCAUUCGAUGAUGUCAAACCAUUGGCUGAUAUUGAAGCAACUCCAGAGAAUUUGAAAGACAUCAGAGAAUACGGAUACUCAUUUUGGGUUAGAUAUUUAAGCAGACAUCCUAAACCAAUGUAUUAGGGCAAGAGUGAACCAUGGUAUUUCAUGAGUAGAUUGACAGUCAAUAAGGAAUAUUAGAAUGUUGAGAAGGGAGACAGAUUGUUGGCCAUCUGGUAAGGUCAAGGAGCAUACACAUUUAUUACUAAUGAUUAUAAGACCAGUAAUUGGAACGCAGCCAAAAACAUUGAAUAUGGAGACAUUGAAGGAGUUUGGACAUAUAUUCAUUUCAGUUACAGCAGUGUUACAAGUCAAUCAGUUGGUUUUGUUAAGUACACAGGCAAAGAACCAUAAUCAGUCACAUUUGAUGUCACUCAUGAUAAACCAACAUUCUUAAGACUAGUCAUAGGAGGAUCAGAUCUCAAAUUAUAUCCAGCCAUCAAUGGUCAAUUAACAAGAGCUGUCUUUAAGAUUGGUGCUGGUGCUCAUCUUGACAAUGUUGAUGAAUUGAAUAAGUUUGCCUUGGCUUGCAAUCCUCAACCAAAAGAAGUCUGCUCCAAGGCCUUUGAAUAAGUUCUCAUUCAAGAAUCCAAGAAGCUACAGUGUUGGGAAAUCCCAUCUGAUCCUGAAGCUGCUUUCCCAUCUGAAUACAGUGUCUCUGGUUGGUUCAAGUGGAAAGAGACAGCUAUGGAAUAAUGGCAUUUAGCAUUCCGUCUCCACAUCAAUAAAGAAGAAGCAAACAAGAAUGCUGAGAGAUUGGGAGAUAGAACUUUGGCUGCCUGGGUGUCACCUGCUCAAGAUGGUAUUUAUGCCUUCGCCACCUACACCUACAAGAAUUUGAAUGGAGCUGGAGAACCAAAUCUGGCCAAGGUUGUCCCACAAAAACAACAAUAAACCAAUUGGCAUUUCAUCUUCUAUGGUUACAACAGAGAUACCAGAAAGGUAGAGGGAUACGUUCAAUUCAAAGACAGAAAGGAAACCUUACUCUUCGAGAAUGUCAACCAUUUCUUGGUACCAUAAGUCUACUUGAAUAUCGGUAAGGAUCGUUUCUAUCCUUCAUGGAAUGGUCACAUUGGUAAAUUCAGAAUGAAUCUAUGUGGUGGAGCUUCCAGACCAGUUUUCCCCAAAGAUAUUGAUGUCCCUCCUCCCGUGACUCCAACUCCAAAACCACCAGUCUCUGAAACUAAAGAAAUCUGUCUUAUCAAUACUAAAUUGGUUGAAGUAACUAAGAAUAACUUCAAAGAUGUCAUCAAAUAACUUGAAGCUCUUGAAAACUCAGAGCCUACUGAAAAGACAUGUUAUUGCACUGUCCCAAGAAAAGCUUCAAUGUUUAUUGAAUUGUAUGGAGAAGAAUUGUCUAAUCAUGUCGACAACCCAGUUAUCUAAAGAUUGAUAGCUCAAAAUCAGGUGCGUUUGAGGAUAUGA